GUUUAAAAGCACACGUCCAGAUGGUUCUGUCUCUAGGACCACACGUUCCUGAGAUCCUUUCUGGGCAGCGCUGAGCUCCCAACUGGGCGUGUGCAAUUAGUGAAAAGGAACAUAAAGAGAUCGAUGUUCUCAGAUCCAGGACCGAGCAUCGACGGUCGCAGUACUACCAGAGAUACCAUGUCCGAGUCUCUCGAUUCCAAGCACGAUUUCGAGGAUGCGACCUCAGCGCACUUAGUCGUAGAUGCAAGCGAUCUUGAGCGGGACUAUGUUCGCCCUCCGAUCGACUAUUCUUCUCCGGCUGCUUUCACGAGCAGCUCCUGGGCUAGGUGGAAGAGUAUAUGGACUAGACGCUUCGCACUCUCGCUGUUGGCUGGACAGGUGGUUUCUCUGUGCAUAACGGUGACUAAUGUCACGACGACCGAGCUGGUGUCUAGGAAUUGGACCUUGUCGACUACGCAGACAUGGUUUUUGUACUGUUCGUUGUUUCUCGUUUAUACGCCGUAUACGAUGUAUAAGUAUGGUCUUAAGGGUUGGGGUCAGAUGGUAUAUAGGGAUGGGUGGAAAUAUUUCAUCCUCGCGUCUUGUGAUGUUGAGGGCAACUUCUUGGUCGUAAAGGCAUACAACUAUACCGAUCUGCUAUCUUGCAUGCUUCUCGAUGCUUGGGCGAUUCCUGUUUGCCUGUUCUUUUGCUGGGUGUACAUGCGUACGAAGUAUCAUUGGACUCAGGUAUUGGGCAUCCUAGUGUGUGUCGGAGGACUCGGCAUGCUAGUAUCUUCGGACAUGCUCACAGACAAGAACUACCCUGCACUAAGCAAGGGGAAAGGCGACGCCUUCAUGAUCGUUGGAGCGACGCUAUACGGCUUUACCAAUGCCACAGAAGAGUUCUUUGUGAGGAGAUCGCCGCUUUAUGAGGUCGUUGGCCAACUUGGUAUGUGGGGGACCUUGAUUAAUGGGAUCCAGGCUGCUAGUUUGGAGCAUGCGGCUAUGACUACAGCGUCGUGGAAUGGUGCUACGAUUGGCUUUCUUGCUGCUUAUACAGCUGCGAUGUUUACCCUUUAUACGGUUGCUCCUCUGCUGUACCGCAUGGCGUCGUCACCCUUCUAUAACAUCAGUCUGCUCACGAGUGACUUUUAUGGUCUUCUUUUUGGUCUUUUCCUUUUCCAUUAUUCGCCAUACUGGCUGUACUUCCCUGCUUUCUGCGUCGUCGUCCUUGGCCUCAUCGUCUACUUCUGGCAUGCUACACCUGAGGAGCAGGGGAAGCUGGAACCUAAAGCUCCAGCAUAUAUCCGAAGAAUGCACCCGGAUGACCAAGCUUAGUGGGAUACCUGCGAUACCAUUAUGUGACACUUGUAAAUGAAGGGUGUCAACAAUAAGUGAAUGUGCGUCAUUAUAUAGUGGUUAGUUACAAUGCCAGAAUCCAAUUAAAUGGAUAACGAGGGAGGGGUGAUGAUGUACAUAUGUAAUGCACGGUACUUUGAUUUAAACAUAUCGAAGAGGAUCUUUCUUUUGUUUCUCGAGUUCUU